AUUCGGUUCAGUGAGUAGUGAGCUGGUUGUCCGUCGAGAGGUAUCCCUUCGCACCAGAUCAGACCGGAUCAAGACUUUUUAAUGGAAUUCCAUAUUCUGUAAUCUGCAAACUAUCGCUAACUUGCACAGCAGUCUGAAAAUUCUGUGAGAAACAUAGAACAAAGUUACACGCCUUUGAUAAGAAUUAUUAGUAUAUUGCGUAGGAAGUAAACAAAAGAAUCUGUCGAUUCGUGUAGAUAGGUGAAAAGUUGUGCAGUGAUUAUCCGAGAAAAGUGUAUAAAACGAUUGGUCGCUGUCGAGGAAAAAAGGAAUAUUCGCAAUUUUUACUUUUUGCGAUCUGAGCUUAAUUUAGUGCAUGUGGUAUUAGGCUAAUAUUCAAUUGAAGUAUUGUGAUAAAGACAGGCGUAGUCUGAAUUGAGGCAAAGAGAGCACCAGUGCAAACAUGUCUAUCAGCUGCAAGUGCUUGAAUGUUAUGAUAAAGCUGGACGGAACGGAGCCCGAAUCUCUGGCCCGGUUUGAUUUGGAUGCGUAUUUGAUUCGGAAGCGGCAGCAACAACCGCAGCAGGCAAAGGAAUCGGUCACAAAAGCGACGACACCCAGCGACGACCAUUUUCUAUUUUUCAAAGAGGCCCUCGGUCCGGUUCGGUGCCUUUCUAUCGAGGUCCAGUUCGAUGGCCUGCUGCGCAAAGUGCGCGUCUUCGACGAAUGGGAUCUCAGUCAGUGUCGGAACUGUGCGUGCUGCGUUUACGCCGCAAACGUCAACGAAAGUACGCCCGCCUUCGGUGGCACCUGUCUGGUCAAUUCGAGUCUGCUGACAAACCAGGAGCAACUGAGUGCCCGGAUGUCCGACGAGAACUAUUCCCCCGCAUUUGGCAUCCUACUGAACGGAAGCAGCUCGAGCUUUAGCGACCUGGCCGAAAAAGCCAAGCUGUUCGGAAAAGCGAAAAGUGAUAACCAAUUUGUGCGGCUGCUCCGCGCCUACAUGGAGCAGGAAACGGAAGCAGCUAACGAACGGAUUCAUCGUUUCACGGAGCAAGAAUUUGCUGUCCUUAAGUUGAAACGAGAACGUGCCGAACAGGACUGUCUGAUUCUGGCCAAGCUAUCAAACAACGUACCUGAGCUACUGCACAGUAUUAGCAGUAGCAGCGAUGUGGUUGCCCAACCGGCUAUGACGACAGUGGAUUCUGUAGAGCAAACAACAAUCGUUCGCAGCAGUGUGAGUCCGAUGGUGGCGACUACUGGGACAAACGACUCAGGUGCCGGCAGUCAACUGGAAACCCCUCCACCGACUCCUGAGUAUCUUCCAAUGUCUACCGGCAAUAGUCCACCGAUGAUGAGCGCCGCCGCCACCAGUGCCAACAGCCGGCAGCAAGCCAACGCUGUGUCUUCUACGUCCUCCUCGUCAGUAUCAGCCGCCGAUCAGUCAUCGCCCUCGUCCGGCGCGAGACUUACUGGCUCUGCACGAAUGUACAACAGAGCUUACAGUAACAAUCAGACCAAUAACAAUAUCGUUAGUUUUAACAAUACUCGCGGUGCCAUCAGCAGUAAACAAACCCCAAACGUGAUGAUGAUGACGACGAUGACACCGACGACAGCAGCACUAGCGCAGCAACAUUCCAGUACAAAUGCUCAGCAACACCGUCGCUUGGUUGCAACCAACUCGUUCGAGUCGGACUGCAUGUUCGACAUCGACGGUAUGGAAAACGACAAAUCUCCACUGUCAAAUACACUCUCCGAUGAGGAAGAACUUGGAUUCGAUGAAUCUAUCGGGAACAAUAAUGACGACGGUAUGUACAUACCGUCACGCCAGUUUGGCCGCCAGAGCAGUUCGAUUGCGAAAAGUCUUCCAAUCUCAAUGCCUCAGGUGAUGACGCAGUUCCGAGCGAACGAAGUGGAUUUCGAAGAGAUAUCUGAAGACAAUGUGGACAUUGCGGCCAGCAUUAAAGCCCUGGCGCGAAGUGUCCACGGGGACACUGUUUUCGGUGAUCUACCGCGCCCGCAGAUUCAACGGUUCAGCACACAGAUCUAAGCAGCGAAGGGUGCACAGUCAGAAAGCAACAACCGCGCUUAUUGAGACAAACUGUUGUUGCAAACAUUUAUUUGUUUCUAAUGUUAAGAAAUUUUUUUCCCCGAAGAUUGAAUUCAGCCUCUCAGAAUGCUGUUUGAUGUUUCUUUUAGUUGUUUAGGUUUUUUUAAUCGCUUAGACUAGUAAGAGCAGUAAGGCACUUUUGUUUCCCCUUACUUACAUUAUUGAUCGUGAUUUCCCUACUUAUAUGGACGCACAUGUUUCACGUUCUCGAAUACAAAAGCAAGAAACGCGGAUAGUGAACGCUAGAUUUUGAAAGUAAACCCAGACAGUUUUACAAGCUUCCUGUGGGAGCCAACAGUUUUGCUCGUAGAAUUCGAGAAUUGGUUGUUUAAACACCAAACCACUGAGAUGGUCAGAUUUAGAGGAAAGAAAAACAACAACAAAUCGUCACGCGCUGUCGAUGAAUUUUUUUAAUAGUGUUAGGUUCUUUUUUUAUAAUUGCUUUUUGUAAUUAACAUAUAAGAAGUCGGGAGAAAAACUAAUAAAACGGACAAGUUAGGUCGAGGUUGAUCUUUGGCAACUAAAUUUGGCGGAGUUUAUAGGCGCGCUAGUGGGCGAGGCAAUACGAGUAUUUUCUUUUGUCAUUGCAGCUUUUACUAAAGUUUGGUAUUGACGUGAAAAGAAAUACAAUCGCUAAUGAUAUCUAUUGGCUCGAAAAAAAUAGACAGACAUUUUUCAAUUUUUCAUUAUUUCACAGUUAUUGAAAAAAGGUAUAUUGACGUUCUAAAAAUAUUUGUCUUAUUGAUUUGUUAUUAUACCAAUUUAGAUGCCAUGCGAUAUGUCAACUGUGAGCAAGCAAUGAGAAACUGUUAUAGUGAAGAAAAAAAAACUACUUUCACCCUUGUAGACUGUAAGUUCGAAACACGUUGCAUACUUACAUUGAUGUUCUAUAGCCAUGUUUUCUCGACUAUCUUCCAUUUCCUUUAGCUUUCUAGUUAACAAUUGAAUAACGAAGAACAUAAACUUUAACUACCUCCUAGAGCAUACAUUUACAACCGAAAACUUGCUACGUUCUGAAUACUACACAACUAGCAAUCAGAGUUACAAUUGCAACCCCUUCUAUUUUGGGUGGUUUUCUUUUCGGACGCUAGAUCCGCUUACUACUAAUCGAUGAUUAAGUUUGUGUGAUUUUUAACCCUUCACCCGUAAGACCAAUCAACGUUUCUCCCAUCGGCAGUGCGAAACCAUCGAAACCAAUAGACCUAUUAGAUGAAAAAAAUCCGACUGAAAUCAAUUUCAUUACGGUUCGGUGAUAUCUACACGACAGAACGUGUAUCUAUCGAUAUCUAUUCUCUGCAACUAUGAAUAUUAUGUUACACACAAUCAGCGAGAAGAGAAAAAAAACAGAUAUAUAUGCCUAUCAACGGCUGCCAGUAGCAGCAUACGCGAUAAAUAGUUGUUUUUCAGAUUGCUUAAUGAAGAAUACGAAAUAAACCUAAUAAAAAAACCUGAA